GUACUACUUGUGGAAAAGGCAGGGCGACGCUCUCUGUUUCUAAUAGGAAUGAGUGGGAUGUUUUUCUGUGCCAUCUUUAUGUCAGUGGGACUUGUGCUGCUGGAUAAGUUUGCUUGGAUGAGUUACGUGAGCAUGACGGCCAUCUUCCUUUUUGUCAGUUUCUUUGAAAUUGGGCCAGGCCCUAUCCCCUGGUUUAUGGUGGCUGAGUUUUUCAGUCAAGGACCACGGCCCACAGCUUUAGCACUAGCUGCAUUCAGCAACUGGUUCUGCAAUUUCAUUAUAGCUCUGUGUUUCCAGUACAUUGCGGACUUCUGUGGACCUUAUGUGUUUUUCCUCUUUGCCGGGGUGGUCCUAGCCUUUACGCUGUUUACAUUUUUUAAAGUUCCAGAAACCAAGGGAAAAUCUUUUGAGGAAAUUGCUGCAGAAUUCCGAAAGAAGAGUAGCUCAGCCCAACGGCCAAAGGCUGCUGUAGAAAUGGAAUUCCUUAGAUCUACAGAGACUGUGUAGUGAUAAUCUACUUCUUAAUUAUGAGCAAAACAUGAAGGAAACCAUGUGUUUUGUAAAUGAUUCCUUGAAAAGUUUAUAUCUACAUCUUAAAGUAUUGCUUUAUUUUUGAAAGAGUUUUAUGGGCUUCGAUUAGAAUUGUCAAGAAAUAUUACCA